AGUGUACAGAAAAUAAUCCGGUACGACGAGCGUAUGCGGUUUCCUAGCGAUUGGCGAAGCGCACCUGUUGUGAAUCGUGUGAAGGAAGAAUUACAAUCGUCACACAUUACUAGACACGGCCCUGUAUUCAUAUCUAAGAAGAGGUGUGCAUGGCAUAAGGAUCAACAAUAGGGAAUCAGGGCAUAGUUGUUCACCAGAACUUGACAGAUACCGGACCCCAAAGAUGUCUUCAGACAAACAGGAUGUAGCUCGUUCGAAGGCAGCCAAGCUGUUGAAACGCCAUGGCAGCGCAUCCUCACUCAUGAGUGGCAGUGAAUUUGGUGCCAGGAUCAAACCUGCUGGGUCUGUCAGCACAGUAUCAUUCAUCGAUGAGCCUCAUGAUAGCUCAAGACAUGGACCGGUAAGAUUAGAGCCUACCUAUCAGCUCGGACCAGUCAAGAAGUUCCCUGUCACAACCGUGAAGAGUAUGCUCAAAGAGACGAUGGAGGGCUACUUGCAGGAUAAGAGAUACGAGCCGGAGUGGUGUAAAAAGAUGACCAAGACUAUUUCAGAUGACUUGAAAGCUCAAGUGAAAGACCUGAUGCUGCCUCGAUACAAGAUCAUUGUCUUAGUUCACAUCGGACAGUUACAGGACCAGGGGUUAAAGGUCAGUAGUCGCUGUCUGUGGGAUUCAUCCAAUGACACUUCUGCGUCCUACGAAUUCAGGAACAGCAGUUUAUUUGCUGCAGCGAUGGUUUAUGGUGUGUAUUAUGAAUAAGAAAGUGGAUGCAAUCCAGUAUAUUUAUACACAGACAGGUAUGAUAUGUGAUCUGCUGGCCCAAAACCGUAAAUAAGUCCCUGGAAUAUAUACCAGUGUUAUAUGUAGUUUAUUUUUUUACUAAAGAGUCCUAACUAUCCAGUGAUAUUAAUCUGUUAGAACCAACUUGAUUAUCAUGUUAUAUUAAGAGCAAGAGGUUCCCACUUUCUGAGAAUUCCCAUUCUAUUUGGUCCAUUGUCUUAUAAUUAUUUGGACCAGUGUUCAUAGAAUUAUACAAACUUUACUCCAUGUUGAAGAAGGCAAGGUUUAGUUCACUGAUAUAUUGAGAACCAUACAAGACUCAAACCUCUUCAUUAUGUAAAAUUGCCACAAACUGUCAAUAAAUGAAAAAUCAAAAUCAUGUUUAUAUUCAGCAUCCAUCUGGGUGAAACAUCAUGCUCUCAUGUCUCAUGAAGCAUGUGCUGCAAAAUCUAAAAAUAUCACUUUCAUUUCAUGACUACCAGGGUAUACAUUUGAUUUACUUGGUUUGAUACACAAUUGCAUUUAUUUGUACAAAAUAAAGAAAUUGACACUUUGGGGCUCCAUACAUUAAUGAAGUAUGUUAAACCUUGUUUAACUUGGUCCACCUUUAUACAUACACCUUGAUGUUUUCUUGAGCCACUGGGUCACUUAUAUGAUCUUCUACAGAAGUAAUGCAAGAUUCAAUGAUCUUUCAGAGAAAUUAUUUAAAUCUAUAUUGCCUUAAAUCCUUUAUUAUGUGUAGUCCAUGGCUGUUGAAGGCAAUAAUACAUAAUUGAUGAAUUGAUACAAUGUGAAUUUAGCUGUCAUUACUUGGCAUGUAUAAUAGGCAUAGUGGCGGAACAAUAGCAUUGCCUUAAAUUAUAUUUACUAAUGCAUAUUACACAUAAUUUGAAUAUUUCUCCAACAUGAUACCUAAUUGAUAUUAAAAAAAGAGAAUACUACAUAUGAUGGUAUCAUGUUCAAGUUGAAUCAUUGUUAUAACUUGGGAAUAAACUGUAUUAUUUAUUUUUAGUCUUCAGUCAACAUCCAACUGAGACGUGAUGUGACAUUUGGCUAUCUCAAUAUUUAAUUGAGAUUGACAUAAUUCCUAUUACCGGUACAAUAUAAAUCCAUGGAUGGUGCCUUCAUUUAUAUUUUUUGUUAUGCCUUCCAUUCAAGAUAAUUCAUGGAUUUGAUUUUGUUUUUAAAUUUGAGUGCUGUAAAUCAAUGCCAUUUGUAUUGCUGUAUAAGAUAAUUAUAAUAAAUCAAGGAUUUUAUUUCAUCAUUCAAAAUUUCUUUAAAUGUACAUUUCAAUAUUGCGAAAACAGGGUCUAGGUAGUUUUUCAUUGAAUAAGCCAAAUGAAAAAUUACAGAAGGGGUUGUUUCUCAAAUGUGUAUAAUAUAUAUGAUUGCUGUAAAUGCUGAUGACAUGCUAAAGAAAAAUAGUGAAAUUGGAAAGAUUUCACUAUAUAUUGAAGUGAAUGUAUUGAGGGUGUUGGUGAAAGGUUUUAUUCUUGGCUUUGGGCUAAUCAAGUUUUAUAUUCUAUCAUUCUGUAUGAAAAAUUAAAGUAUUAAAGGCAGGGUAUGUCAUUGUCAUUGCUACCACUGCUGCAGUGUAGGCGUACAAGUAAUUUCUGGUUCCUGCACCCAAGCAUCAUCAUGGGUUCAUCAUCAUUUGGUGAUGCAUUUUGGGAUAUGGCUGUCGACACAUCGUGACGGUCUGAGCAGCAGAUGGCAGUAUAUAAAUCUGAAGUAUUGUUUGCAGAAUACCCUGCCUUUAAUUUGAGGAUUUGGACACCUCAAAUUGUUUGGAAGCAAUAAUAGAGGUCCUUCUCAAUUAGAUUGUUUUCAUCAUCUCCUCCUUCAUGGAAUAAAGAUGUCAUAUCAUUUGUACAUAGUCUAUCUCAUGAAGGAACAGAAUUGACAUCUUCAUUGUAAAAAUUAUCUGAAAUUAUCUCUUUCUAUACAACUUUAAUCCUGCUCCAUUUUCCACAACUCUAUAGUACUCUUUUUGUACAGCUCAUGUAGAAAAUGUAUAGUUAAUGUUAAGUGUGUGAUGUAAGAUUAUAAAUGACAUGUAGUGUUUUGAUACGUAAAUGUAGAUCAUGCUUUGUAAAUUUAAUCGUGUAUAAUAUUUACGUGUGUGGAUACAUGUAUUCAGUGGUUGUCACCAGAAUCAGGUGGAUGUAAUUUCUUUGUAUAUACAUAGUAACAACUUUGUGUAGAUCAGAACAAAUCUUGUUUAGCUUUAAUUAUGUGCAUCUCAGUCUCUCGUCUUACCGAAAAAGAUGUUGGGAUAUAAACUGAGCCAUUGAAAUACCAGAACACUCUUAUAGUAAGUCAAAAAUGUGGUGUCAAUAAGUAAGUCAAAUCAAUAUCAAAGGUCUUUCAAAGUUUCAUAACACUUUUAAUGAAACGUAACAUGUUAGUGAAGUAUGAUGUUGUAAAUCUUUUAUGAAUUUAUUUGUUCAUUAUCAUGCUCAUAAACAUAUCAAAGCAUAUAUAGUUCAUAUACAUUAUAUGUUCUUUUUCUUUAAUUUGAGAUAUUUUUGCAAUGAUACAUAUAAUGUAAUUUGAAGUGCUGUAUUACAGUAUUACUACAGUUUAAUUGGUAUACAGUAUUGUAUAUCACAUAUGUCAUUAGUGGAAAAUUAAUUUCAUUAUUGAUCAUUCCAACUCUUUUCUAUCUACUGAAAUUCAUAAUGUAUUAACAUUUGUUAGUUUUAUUUAGUACUUCCGUAAAAUUUUCAACAACAACCCCGGACAUGAAUAAAAUGCAUUUCUGAAGAUGUUGAAAAUAAUACAUCGCUACAAGUCGGAAAGAAAAAAAAUCAAUAUCUUUUGACCUUUUCAGCAUUCUGUAGGAUCUUCUAUAUCAAGCUAUAAUGAUUGGGGUUAUUGUGAAACCUGGUAAUACCCUUCUGUAUAUA